AUGUGCUGUCCGGUGUGGCUUAGCACGGUGGUGGUAUACCAGAACGAGUGCCAAGUUUCCCAGUGCCCACACACACUCAGCCCCGAAAGCAUCACAUUACUCUACCCCCUCACAGACAAGGCCAUCCCCCCAGCCCGUGCUCCCAAAAGCAGGCACCAAGUGAGAACGCCCAACCUCACCCACAUCAGCAGCAGCACAGCAACAUGGUCUUCUGGAAAAGCAGAGGAAGCGCAGAAUCAGACAGAGGCCAUCCUCCAGCCCCCCAAACCCCAGCCCCCCCUGUGCAUAACCGCGCUGCUGAGCUCGUCCCGAGUACAAUGUGCUCACCCUGACUGCCCUGGUCCGGACGGUCAUAAAGUCCAUGUUGCCUGUCUGCUGCUUGAUGCAGGGUGUGGGUUGGCGCUCUCCUUGGUGCCCUCUUUGGGAGCACAGGUGGCUGGGGGGAUGGGCCUUGUCUGUGAGGGGUAG